AUGAGCAGUACGGCUGGAACACAUCUUGGAAACACGCCCUUGCAUCUCGAGAAAUUACGCCAAGUUGCUCGUAAGGAGCUACCCCAGAUCCUCGAUUCGGUCCGAGGGAAAAAGAGUCUAGUACUUGACCCACAGCUCACUGGUCCUAUCAGCUUGAUUGCCGAUUUUACCCUAUUCAAAGACCAUGGAGUUGAAAAGAUAUACCAGCUUUCAUCUGAGACCAUUGAUACCGAAUGCAGCAGCGUCAUUUACAUUUGUCGAUCCAAAUUACGAUACAUGCGAUACAUUGCCAAUCAUGUAAAGCGACUUACAGAACAAGAAGGCACCAAGACAGACUUUUUAUUAUGCUUUGUACCACAACGAACGAGAAUAUGCGAGCGUGUCUUGGAAGAAGAAGGUGUAUUUGGAAGCAUGACGAUUGCAGAUUAUGCUAUGGAUUGGAUACCUCUUGAGGAUGAUGUUAUAUCAAUGGAGUUGGAUCCUGGCACAUGGAAGGAAAUCUAUUUGGAUGGAGAUACCACAGCCAUAUACAAUGCUGCCAAAUCGCUCAUGAAGUUGCAAUCCAUCUAUGGUCUCUUUCCACGUAUUAUCGGCAAAGGUGAUGCAGCAAAACAACUGGCAGAGAUGUUAUUACGUAUGCGACGUGAACAUGCGGUCGUCGACGAAGUAUCGAGUUAUACGGCAUCCCGAACACCCUCCUUGCUCAACAACAUUUCCAAUCACAUUGAUCAACUUAUCAUCAUUGACCGCAACGUGGAUAUUGUCACCCCUCUCUGUACACAGCUAACAUACGAAGGAUUAAUCGAUGAGACAAUGGCCAUCAACAAUUCUCAUGUCGAAUUGGAUGCAGCCCUUGUCAGCCUCAACAAAGCUGCAGCUGGCCAAGUCAACAGAGUCGGUGGAUCAAGUAGUAGUAGUGCUGCACCAGCGCCAAAUCCAGGGAGUCAAGCAGGCAAAAAGAAGAAAUACGUCUUGAAUGCAUCGGAUAAGCUUUUCAGUCAAUUGAGGGAUCAGAAUUUCGCAGUGGUCGGUGGUAUGCUGAACAAGAUUGCCAAACGAAUCAAUGAAAAUUACGAGGAAAGACAUCAUGCAAAGACGGUGGCUCAAAUACGUGAUUUUGUCGGACGACUCAGUGAGCUACAACAAGAGCACCAAUCUCUCCAAAUCCAUACUGGUAUUGCCGAGCAGAUUAUGGAUUAUACCAUCACUGAGGAAUUCAACAAGAUCCUUGAAGUACAACAAAAUGUUGUGGCUGGCAUCGAUGGUACAAAUGAACCUGAUUAUAUUGAAGAGAUGAUCGAUCGACAAAAGCCGUUGAUUCAGGUGCUUCGUUUACUCUGCUUGAUGUCCGUGGCACAAGGAGGUUUGAAAGCCAAGUUAUUUGAUCAUUUUCGGCGUGAGAUUGUACAAACCUAUGGAUAUGAGCAUAUUGAAACAUUACAUCGAUUGGAAACUUUGGGGCUCUUGACCAAACGUACAACAUCAGCACCUUCCCGAAGCGCCUUUGCAUCAAGCCGUAGAUCACUCCGAUUGAUUGUGGACGACGUUGACGAAAUCCAUCCCAACGACAUAUCCUAUGUAUAUUCCGGCUAUGCUCCUAUGAGUGUACGAUUGGUGCAAUGUGCUAUGCAAAAGUUGGCUGGAGGUAGUAUUGGUAGUACAGGUGCUAGUGCUGUCAGUUUACUCUCCUAUGUGGGUGGUGGUGGCACAUCAAGUUCAGCCUCCUUGGCAACAGGCAACAUCAAUGGGGGUAGCAACGGUGUCAAUGGCAACAACAACAACAGCAUGCCAGGAGCCACUGUCACUCAAGGAUGGCGUGGAUAUGAAGAAGUCAUGCGUGCAUUACCGGGCAAGUCAUUUGAGAUCACACAAACAGUGGAAUAUGGCCCUGAGACGAAUGCGGCAAUGGCACGUGCACGACGACAUGGCAUGCAACAUGGAAAGACAACAGUGAUUUUCUUUUUGGGUGGAUGUACAUUUACUGAAGUAUCUGCCAUACGAUUCCUCGCACAACAUGAUGAAAGUCGUGAUUAUCUUGUUGCCACCACGCAGAUGCUCAAUGGAAAUUCACUUUUGGAAUCCGUGGUCACAAACUGCAGUACACACAAGGCGGGCCAUGGCACUGGAAGUAAUCCUAUCAAUCCACAAGCAACAGCAGCACCCGGUGUUUAG